GUUUUUUUUUCUAUUUGAGCUUUCCAAGCAUGAGAUGUACAUCGGUGAAAACUAUAUCACUUAUUGGUUUUUAUUUGUUUUAUUAACAUCAGAAAUGUCGCAAGUUCGAAAAAAAUUAUCAGGAGCACAAAACUUGAAGCGAAAAAAACAAAGAGAAGCUAAUAACGAAAAAAGCGCCCAACAGCUAGCCAAAUAUCUUAAAAUUGAAGAAAAACCGUGUUCAAGUCAACCAACAGACGACUGCAUAAUUACUUCAGAGAAUAUUCCAGAUAAUGUGGCGGAGAUUCAGCAUAUACCCGAUGUAGAAACAUCUAAUGCUACUCCAUUGGCUGCAGAAGUAACAGCCAUAUCAACGACCACAGAAAUAUCUGUAGAUAUCGCUCAAUGGCCGUCGUCUUUGUCAUUCAAAACAAUAGACCUUAUCAUAUUGCAGGGCCCACAUAACGGUAAACUGGCAGAUAAAGAUUAUCCACGGAAUAAAAAAGGGCGCCAUUUUUCUAAUGUGCACUUUCAACGAGUCAUGUCAAACGGUGAAAUUUAUGAUCGGAAAUGGUUGAUAUAUUCAAAUUCUACACAGAAGAUUUAUUGUUUUUGCUGCUAUAUAUUUAAGCGGUCUAAACCUUGUAAACUCUGUAACGCCGGCUUUGACGAUUGGUCACAUGUAUCUCUGGUACUAAAGAACCAUGAAAGUUCAGACGACCACCAGUCAGCUUUAUCAAUUUGGCUCGAAACUUCAAAAAGAUUAAGGACAUGUUCUGGAAUUGACAAAGCCCUUCAAAUGCGACUGGAAAUUGAUAAAUGUAGAUGGUCUUCUGUGCUGGAAAGAAUAGUAGCAAUCACACUUUUUUUGGCGGAACACAAUCUAUCUUUUCGUGGCAGCAGUGACAAAUUAAAUACACCAAAGAAUGGCAACUUUCUAGGUUUAGUCCAAUUAUUGGGAAAAUUUGAUCCAGUCAUGACAGAGCAUUUGCGACGGAUAAUGCACAAGGAAACCAACCAAUCACUACUAUUUCAAAAAGCUAAAUAUUUCUCGAUUUUAGAUUGUACACCCGAUAUAAGUCACACCGAACAAAUGAGCGUCACAUUUAGGUUUUUUGAUGUUGAUGAAUUUUGUGUGCGUGAGUGCUUUUUGACUUAUAAACCUGUGACAGACUCCAGCGGAAAAGGGCUAACAGGCAUAUUUUUGGACGAAAUUGUCGAUAAAUACAACAUUGAUAUGAAUGAUUGUAGAGGACAAGGUUAUGACAAUGGAGCUAAUAUGGUUGGACAACAAAAAGGAGUUCAGAGUCGCAUAACUGAAAAGUUUUCCCGAGCUUUUUUUAAUCCUUGUGGUUGCCACAAUCUCAACCUUGUUGUGGCUGAUGCAGUUAAAACUUCAGUCAAAUCAGUUUCAUUAUUUGGUAUCCUCCAGCGCUUGUUUGUGUUUUUUUCAAACUCAACAAAGAGAUGGGAAGUUAUUUCGAAACAUGUGAAGAGCUUAACUUUAAAAAAGGUGUGUGAAACAAGAUGGGAAAGUAGAGUCAACAGCUUGCAAGCGAUGCGGUAUCAGUACGCCGAAGUAAAAAGUACAUUGGAAGAAGAAUAUCGACAGUCAACUGAUCCCGUGGCAAGUUCAGAAGCUAAAUCGCUUGCAGAUAAUUUGGAGAAGUUCGAGUUUUUGCUGUCGUUAGUCAUUUGGCACGACGUUUUAUUCCACGUCAAUCUUGUCAGCAAAUCCAUGCAGUCAGAGCGGGUACACCUGUCAGAUGCAACAGAAAUGAUGCACAAAUGUUUGAAAUUUUUGAAAGAAUAUAGAGACGAAGGAUUAAUAAAGGCUCUCAUUGCAGCUAAGGACAUAGCUGAAGAAGCUGAAAUAAGCCCAGAGUUUGAAACAAUCCGCGCACGAAAAAAGAAGAAAAUGUUCCCAUGUGAAAAUGAAGAUAACGCGCCAAUGGAUCCAGAAACGUUACUCAGAACAAAUGUUUUCUAUCCUAUGUUAGACACUGCUAUAAACUCAAUAGAGACACGCUUCACACAACUUACUACAAUUAAUGAUACUUGGUCUUUCCUUUAUGAUUUGAAUAAGACCGAUGAAAAUUUGAAAGAAGCUUGCCUGAGGUUGGGGGAAAAACUAACGCAUGAUCAUAAUUGCGAUAUUUCGGGAUUGGAGCUUUCAAGAGAAAUCGUGUGUUUAAAACAGUUUUUAGAUAUUGAUAAAGGCCACCCGAAAGCAGUCCUUCAGAUCUUAGCGUUAAAUGAUUGGCAAGAUACAUUUCCUAAUAUUUGGACAGCUCCCCGGAUUUUUGUAACUAUUCCGGUUACGGUGGCCAAAGGUGAACGGAGUUUUAGCAAGCUUAAGUAAUUAAUUAAAACGUACCUUAGGUCAACUCUUGCAGAAAAUAAGCUUUCUGAUCUAGCCUUGCUGUCCAUUGAAAAUGAUAUAGCUCAGACAUUAUCGUAUGAGGAGAUCAUAAAAAAAAAUUUGCAAAUGCAAAAGUGCGUAUGCAGCUAUUUAAUUAAAAUUUCUUCUCCAGGUGAUAUAAAUAGUUUACUAUUAUUGUUAUUAUUAGGAGCCUGUAGCCUAAAUAGUUAA